CGGAGGCCUGAUUCUUCUAACGUUUCCACACACGUGUAAACUAUCUCCGCGCUUUUGGAGGCUGAGAGUGUGUCUGGGUGAGCAGAAGUCAUGUUUGGCUCCUCGAGAUCUGGAGGGGUGAGAGGGGGUCAGGACCAGUUCAACUGGGACGAUGUGAAAGUGGAUAAACACCGAGAGAACUAUCUGGGGAAUUCCCUCAUGGCUCCGGUCGGCCGAUGGCAGAAAGGGAAGGAUUUGUCAUGGUACGCCAAAGACAAGAAGAGCGGCGCAGCUCUGUCUAAAGAGCAGGAGAUGGCAGCGGUGCGGGAGGCGGAGCACGAGGCCAUGUUAGCAGCGCUGGGUCAUAAAACAAUCAAGAGACAACCAACUGGUCUUACCAAAGAGGAUCUGGCAGACGUGUGCCGGAGGGAAGGUGAGGCGGAUGAACGGGACGUGGACAGGGUCUCUGGACUCGGGAGCUCCAGGGCUGGACAGAGAGGAAUGGUGCUUUCCAAGCAAGAAAAAGAGGCAGUAAAAAUGGGUUUGCCAGUUUUCACGCAUCACAAAGCUGACAGACCACAAGAAGCCAGUAAGGGUCCUGAGGAGGCCAGCAGACCUGAUAAAGAGGAUAAGAGAUCUGACAGGAAAAAGAAGAGCAAAAAGGAGAAGAAAAGUAAGAAGGAGAAAAAGAAGAAGAAAGAGAAAGAGAAAAGCAAACACAGAAGCAGAAGUGACUCUUCAGGCUCAGACUCGGAGAGCUGUAGUAAAAGGCGGAGAAAAGAUCAGCGGGACCACCAUGGUCCUAAUCCAUCAAGGAGCAGUCAGAGUGGAGCCGGAGCCCGUGACAGUCAUUCAGGAGGGGGUCCGAAGGCGGCGCCCAGGACCCUGACCCCCCCUCAGCCCCCCCGCCGCCGCCGGCACGACACAGACUCGUCCUCUGACGGCCCCCGCGCCGCUCAAAGCUCCCGCCGGCGUCAUGAUAGCAGCUCAGACGACUGAGGCCCGCUACUGGCCCUUUAGCCACACCCCCUCAGCCAGAGCAUGGAUCUGAUUGGCCUCUUUGUCAAACUCUGGACAACUUGGGCCACAAGACAGCAUAUCCUUUUUAAGGUUGAAUCUCAGGAAAUCUGUCCAAAACAUGUCUUGGGUCACAUUUCUGCAAAUUUGGGUUCAAGAAGAUGCAGCUUGUUUUAGGCUGUUAAAAUUGACCAUCAACAUUUUGGGCAUAAUUUUUCUCCCAAAAUACAUAAAAAUGAUUAAAACACUAUUUGUUGUAAUGAAUUAGAUUUAAAUUCUAAUUUGGAAAAAAAAAGAAAACCCCAGUUUUAAAUCUAUUAGUGUUUUUUUUCUUUGAUUUUGAUGUGACACAUAACAUAAAAGACAUAAAGAGAAAACAGCAGACAUGAUCGCUUUUUAUUCUUGUAUAUGUUUAAUGAAAUAAACCAUGUUUUUACAACAUGGUGUCUUCGAAUCAUCAAUGCACCUCAAGCUUUUUGAGUUAUGAAACAUCAAUUUGUGAAAGCAGUGAUGUCAUACGCAUACAUAUUACAUGUUUGUGUAGUGUUUCUUUACAGAGUGACAUCGCCACCUACUGGCCCGGAGUGCAUAAUAAUGCACUUUUAGUCGUUUUGCAGAUCUGUGUGAACAAGGUUAUUUUAAGGGAAUCAUCUAAUAUGCAAAUAAACACAAAGGAACCAAAACAUGUCUUCAGUCAAAUUUUGGUUAAAGAAAACAAAGCUUGUUUCGAUGCUACUAAAAUUGAACAUCAACAUUUUUUACAUCAUUCCCCCUCCAAAAUACUCAAUUUAUAAGUAAUUUGUUGUAUAACUGUGGUUUAAUUUGUGCUAAUUCUUAUUUUAGAAAUCUGUCUUUUAUCGUAGCAAUCAGUACAUUUGGAAUUACAUAAAACAUACGUAUUAUGUGGUAGAAUGUGUUAUGUAGUUUUGCAGUAAAAUUCAUCAUGAAAAAUAUCACAAUGCAAAAAAAAAAGAAAGAAAAAGUUAAUAUUCCUUAAUAUUUCUUAUUAAAUAGUUAAUAUUUAAAAUCGAAUGUUUUUUUUCUUUUGAUUUUAAGGUGAAAUGUAACUUAGACAUGUCUUGUUCUUCGAUGCAUAGAGAGAAAACUGUAAAUAUGACUUGAUUAUAGCAGAAAUAAUCACUUUUUACUCUUGUAUGUUUAGUGAAAUAAACCGUGAUUUUACAGUGUGGUGUUGACGAAUCACCGAUGCACCUCAAUCUUUCAAAUAUUGUUUUCUCGAUCAAUUUUGUUCUUAUUUUGAGUGCUGUUGGAACAUUCUCCUGUGGCUAUAAUAGAGCCGAGUGUUUGCAUUGCAUUGAGUUAGCUGUGAAAGGCUGCAUUCUGUUGGCUGGCACCUGGGGCCGUGCAAGAAAAGAGCAAAGCGUAGACAAAAGACAAGUCCAAAAAUCCAGGCCCAGGGAUGCCCGAGCACCACAGACAAACCCCGAGCAGCAGGAGUGGGCUGAACAAAAGCCCCCUGUAAGAGAGCCAACCAAAGCGAGCGGAGGAGACCACCAUCAUGUAUUACUGGCUGCUUCAAAGUGGACAUUUUUCAAAACCAUACCAUUAUCUUCUCCGCAUAAUCUACAAGAAUGUGAAUUUGUGAAAACUGUGAUGUCAUGUGCGUAACUAUUGUUUCUUUACAAAGUGGCAUCGCCAGCUACUGGCAUGGCAUGCAUAAUACAGCAUUUUAAGUUGAUUUUGUGUAUCCUUGAGAAUGGAUCAUUUUAGUAAUGUUGUCAUCUGUACAUAAAAAAUGUAAAUGAAAACGUUUUUUUUUUAGCA